CGGCGAAUUUAUCCAUCACAUUUUGUCGUAUUCGCGCAAUAGAAGAGGAACAUUGCAAUUUGCACCAAAUGAACACGUUUAGUCAAUUAUCAGACUUUAUCUUAAGAUUCAUCUGGAUACUUGUCCGAAUUCUUAAUAUUGUAAAAUUUUAUAACAAAUAAUAAAUUUAUCUUAAAUUUAUCAAACACACAUUUCCAAUCUUAAAUGUAUCUGUUUAUCAACUGUCUUUGCAUUGAGAAAAUAUUUGAUAACACUGAAGUUUGAUUUUGUCUAAAUGUAAUUUCUAAGGUAAUUGAUUGCGAGCGAUUUGUCACUUUGUUUCAUACACAAAAGAAGGUCAUACAAUUUACUAACUUCUAUGUUAGUAGCUUAAGAACCCCAAAAGUAUUACGGCUUCACAAUGGUUUACAAAAAUACUUGCGGUAAUACAAUGGGUACAUUCCUAAUAAAAUAUUUGCCCAUCUUAACAUGGAUGCCAAAAUACAAACCAUCUGACUUACUGUGUGAUGCAACCGCAGGAAUCACCGUAGCUCUUACUUUAAUGCCACAAGCUAUUGCCUAUGCAUCUCUUGCUGGACUAUCUCCUCAGUUUGGGCUGUAUUCUGCUUGCUUUGGUGGAAUUAUGUAUAUUAUUUUUGGAUCGGUUCGACAAAUUACCAUUGGACCCACAUCAAUAGUUGCACUGCUUACAUUAAAUUAUGUUAAGCCAACUUUACCAUCCACAGCUAUUAUUUUAUGUUUUGUGUCUGGUAUAGUGGAACUAUUAUGUGGAAUUUUUCACUUAGGUUUUGUCGUUGAGUUUGUGUCAUUACCAGUGACUGGAGGAUACACCUCAGCUGCAGCUGUUAUAUUGGCUUCUUCUCAACUUAAAGGACUUUUUGGAGUUUCUUAUCAAGCUAAGAAUUGUGUCGAAAUGUGGAUUUUGUUAGUGAAAAAGAUCAAUGAUGUAAAUUUAGCUGAUACAGCUAUGGGUACCAUUUGUAUAAUUGUCCUAGUUUGCUUAAAGCUAUUAAAAAGGAUAAAAUUCAAUUCCAAAGGCCUGAAAGCUAAAAUAUACUCCGGAUUAAUAUUUGGUUUAACUACAGGAAGCAAUUUAUUAGUAGUAAUUGUGUCAGCAACAGUUGCUUAUUUCUUAGUUGAAGAAGGCCACUCGCCAUUAGCGUUGACCGGUAAAAUUGCUAAUGGUAUACCUAAUUUCCGGAGCCCAUUUUUGGAUUAUGAAGACGAAAAUGAAAAAUACACCUUUUUUGAAGCCGUAUCAAACUUAUGGCCUGGCAUUAUAAUUGUUCCUUUAGUUUCUAUUUUAAGUACAAUUUCUAUUGCAAAAGCUUUUAGUAGAGGUAAUAUAAUAAAUGCUUCACAAGAAAUGAUUGCAUUAGGCAUUUGUAAUAUUUUUGGAUCUUUUGCUGGAGCUAUGCCUGUUGCAGGAAGCAUGUCUAGGUCUGCCCUAAACAAUUCAACUGGAGUUAGAACACCAUUGAGUUCGAUAUUUACUAGUGUUUUAGCCAUGUUUUCAUUGACUUAUUUAACACCGGCUCUCUAUUAUAUUCCCAAGGCAAGUCUAUCUGCUGUUCUUAUAUGUGCCAUAUCAUCUAUGUUAAAAAUAAACAUGGUUAAGUUUCUAUGGAACACUAAUAAACGUGAUUUAUUAUCAUUCAUGACUACCUUUAUAGCUUGUGUUAUUUUUGACGUAGAAAUGGGUUUAUUAAUUGGAAUUUGUUUUGAUUUAAUAAACUUGCUUUAUUUUAAUGCAAGGCCUUCAAUAACCAUUGAAAAAUAUGCGAAUACAUUAGGAACUGCCCAAUGGGUUGUCAGGCCUAGUAGUGGCCUUCUAUUUCCUGCUGUCGAUUACAUAAGACAGAAAAUUUUAACUGAAUUAGUUCUAGUCAACACUGAAGAUAGACCAAAGACCAUAAUCAUCGAUUGUACAUAUUUUGAUAAAACUGAUUUUACGGCAGCUCAAGGAAUGAAAUCAUUAAAAAAUGAACUAAAAGCUAAUCAAUGUGCUUUUGAACUAGCCAAUGUUAAAACAAAUGUGGAAAAAAUUUUGGAAAGUGUUGUCGGUGUUAAAGUUAUAUGUAUGCCAUCAACACAAGAAGUUGUUAACAAAAUAAGUCAUGUUAUUGAUCAAAUUCCCAUAAAUGAUAUAGAUUCAAUCAAAUUAAAUGAACUUAACAAAAAGGAUAUUAAUGAACAUAAAGUUUAAAUUAGUUUUAAGAAUUUUACUUUCAAAUAACUCAUCAAUAUGUCAAGAAGAUUGAUGAGAGUAAUAAUAAUCUUAUUUUCUAUGAAUUUUUCUUUUAUUUUAUUUUAAGAAUCGAUUGUUAUCUAUUACUGUUAUUUUAAUUGUUAACUUUUUUUAUAUCCUUAUGAAAGUUAAGAAUAAAGAAAUAAUCUGAAAGGUUUGUAUUAGUCAGAAAUAUGAGCAAACCAAAAUAGUUUUUCCCAAUUGCAUUUAUAGUUUUAUUGGGUUUUUCUUAAUUUGCUCUAUAGAUCCUAAUUAAAAUAUAAUUAAAUUAAUUAAAAUUAAAAACAAAGAAUUUUAUAUGUAUUUUUUAAAACUAAUUAAUUGUUUUAAUUAUUUAUUUUAUUGAUCUCUAUUUUAAAUUGCUGAGCAAUAAUACAUGUUUAAAUUAGAUUACAAUUUGUCAUUGUUUGUUGGGUGUUAAGCAUUUCUGUGUUAUUUUUUUAAUAAUAUGUAAUAAAAAGGUAGAUUAAAUUUUUUAUAAUUAUUUAUCAUUUGUGAGUUGAAGAUUACUUACUUUUGUACGGAUUUGCACUUAUUAAAAUAUUUUAUAAUAUUUAUAAUAAAAUUGAAAUAAAAGAAUGAUUAUUUAUGUAUUGAAAAACUUGUCUUGUUAUGGUUAUUAUUUAUUUUUGAUUGAUGUUAGUUAUUGUUAGUGGCGUGUCCAGGAAUUUUAAAUGAGGAAGGAUGUCAUAACUAAUAGGUAUUAAUACAACUAAAUACAUUUAAUGGGGGUGAAAAAAUUGAAAAUGAUUAAUAAGGGGGCUUUAGAGGUCAAGCCUCAUUAAAAUAUUUAUUAAUAUUUUGUAUUUUGUAUGAUAUAAUGUAAUGUUGUUGUACAAAUAUACAAUGUAA